AUACCAUCUCACACUUUGAAUCUCUGAAAACAUGUCCCUCCCAAAGACCUACCAAGCUGCAUCUUUCGAUGAGAGUGGCUCAAAGCUGGCCCUCAAAGAAGUAGAGCUUCAACAACCUCGCCCAGGCUUCAUCUUGGUUAAAGUCCUUGCAUGCGGCGUCUGCCACUCUGAUUCGUGGAUGCAACAAGGUCGCUUUGGAGAUUUAUUUCCUCGUGUACCGGGCCAUGAAGCUGUUGGAGAUGUUGUUGCUGUUGGUGAUGGAGUAAGAAACUUCAGGGUUGGCGAGCGUGUUGGUGGUGCCUGGCAUGGCGGCCACGAUGGAACAUGCCGCUCUUGUCAAUCGGGACUGUUUCAACUGUGCAACAAUGGUGUGAUCAACGGCGUGACCACGGAUGGUGGCUACGCUGAAUACGUCUUGCUCCAUGCUGAAGCAGCCGUUCGAAUCCCUUCCGACGCAGACCCAGCUGAAGUCGCCCCUCUUCUCUGCGCUGGAGUCACCGUCUUCAACGCCAUCCGUAGCAUUGGCGUCCUCCAAGGUGGUCUUGUUGCCGUCCAAGGCCUGGGAGGACUAGGUCACCUGGCGCUUCAGUAUGCUUCCAAGAUGGGAUAUACAGUUGUUGCCAUGAGCGCCGGGAGCGAGAAGAAGGACUUUGCGAUGGAGUUGGGUGCUCAUCAUUACAUCGACUCCAGUAAAGAUGAUCCCUGCGAGGCAUUGCAGAAGCUUGGAGGCGCUAACAUGAUCUUGUCAACGGCGCCGAAUGCAGAGGCAGUCAGUCCUCUCACAGCAGGUCUUGCAGCUCUGGGUAAGCUGGUCGUUCUCUCACCUCUUGGACCGGUUGAAUUCAAUACUGUUCACAUGAUCAUGAAGGGCCUCAGCGUGCAUGGAUGGAACACGGGACAUCAGCAAGAUUCGGAGGAUGCUAUCACGUUUGCGCAUACGCAUGGUAUCAAGUGUAUCAUUGAGAAGUUUGACUUUACGACUCAGCACCGAGAGGCUUUUGAGAAGAUGAAGAGUGGGAAGGUUCGCUUCAGGGAAGCGAUUGAGCACUAUGUAUUGGGAGACUACUGUGAAGCAGAAAAGGGAGGAUCGCGAUGGUGCCAUCCAAAGCUGCGAGGCUCAAUUCCCAGCCGUAAACCAAUCACUUCACUGGCCAUUGAUUCACACAAAGAGACAAACUGCCUCAGUGAACCUCUAUUUGAAUCAGCACUUGAGCGUGCGAAAUAUCUUGAUGAGUAUUUCCAAAAACACCAAAAGCUCAUCGGUCCUCUCCAUGGCAUUCCGGUUUCGGUAAAAGACCAGUUCAACAUCGCUGGCGUCGAUACUACCCUGGGCUAUGUCGGUCGUUCAUUCAAGCCUGCCAGCGACAACGCUGUGAUGGUGACUAUUUUGGAGAAGCUUGGUGCAGUCAUUAUAACCAAAACAGUUAUACCUCAGAGUAUCAUGUAUGGCGAGACUGAAAGCCCCCUUUGGGGAUUGACUACAUAUCCUGGUAGACCUGAGCUUUCGCCAGGUGGUUCAUCGGGUGGCGAAGCUACUCUGAUGCGAAUGUCUGGAUCACUUGGGGGCUGGGCAACAGACAUUGGAGGCUCAAUCCGCGUUCCAAGUCAUCUAUGCGGAUUGUAUGGACUGAAGCCUUCUUCCGGGCGAUUUUCAUACUCCGGUGCAGCAAAUUCUCAUGAGGGACAGUCUCAUGUUCCUUCGUCAAUUGGUCCCAUAAGUCCAUCGCUCCCGAACCUCAUCACUUUGACCAAGGAAUGUCUACUCGCAGAACCGUGGAAGCUUGACCCAAAUGUUGUCCCAAUUCCAUGGCGACAGGCCGAUUUUGAGGGCGUGCAGAAGCGAAAACUCACCAUCGGCGUUAUUCUUGACGAUAGGGUCGUGCGACCUCAUCCAGAAAUCCAAGAAGCCGUCCGCCGUGCAGUGGCAAUCUUCGAAAAGGCAGGGCAUAAAGUCAUUCCAUGGAGUACAGCAGACCACUCAAGCUGCAUCGAGAUUCAGGACCAGUUUUACCGUGCAGACGGUGGAGAGGAUAUCAAGACUGAAGUCGCUGUUGCAGGCGAGCCGAUGAUUGCCCAUGUCGAGGCGCUCGUCAACUCGUCCAAACCGAUAUCAGUGUAUGAAUACUGGCAACUCAACCGCCGAAAGACAGCAGCACAGGAGGCUUAUAAUAAGAAAUGGACUACGACUGCUGGUCUAGAGGAUGGGGAAUGUGUCGACGUUAUAAUCAGUCCUGUGUCGCCUCAUACAGCUGUUCCGCAUAGGUCGAGCAGAUGGACUGGCUACGCCAAGAUAUGGAACUUUCUCGAUUACACAGCUGUGUCGUUCCCAUUUGCAAAAUUUGGAAGCUCUGAGGAUCCAACAUCGUCUGAUAUAUAUGUCGCUGCAGCUGAUGAAGCGCGCCAUAGUUAUCUACAUGAUUAUGCGCCGCGCAAUGCGAUUGAUGAGUGGAUACGGGGCCUCUAUGAUCCUGAAGCAAUGAAAGGGCUUGACAUUGGAGUACAGAUCAUUGGAAGGAGCAACAAAAACAUCCAACAACGAACCGAUGAAACCUUGAAACUUUCGACCAAAGGGAUUUGCGAGUCGCUAGGUUACAUGUUUGGUUCAUAUUUCCGUCAGAUAAAGUUCUUACAGGUUUACACGAGUAAGGAUCCUACUCGGAGAUGUUCAUUUGAUACGCCGCAAAAGCCCGAGAAUAAAGUGAUCUUCAAUAAGCCGAAGCCUAUCCUCACAAUUGACUUUGAUCGCCUUUACUACUGCAGCGGCUUCAUAACUCUGUCUACCACGAUUGACGAUGAUUCCGCUAUCAGCGGAGAAAUCCCGCGUCUGCAAUGUCGCCAUCUCUCCUAA